UCCGAGACCUCUCACCUCUGCAUCUCCAUCGCCCCUGGAUUCAGGGCACUUUCUAUUUGUGCGCGGAUCGAUGUCUCCCCCCCCCCCCCCACCCCCCGUCUUCGGCAAGCAGAUGAGGCUUGUUAGCCCGUGAUCGAUUCCUCGAUGGUUUUCUGCUUGAAGGAUGACAACACCCAGAGGAGAAUAAAUCUCCAAAAAAACUUCACUGUUAACCGCCUCAGCGAACUCUGUGACACUGGAGAUCUUUUUAAAAACAACUUCUAACCAAAUCUGUGCAACUCGAAUGGUGUGAGAGAGUGGCAUAGCGCUUUCUACUCUGGGAUUUUUUUUCACUCAAGAAGGAUUCUGCUAUCGUCCAUUUUUAGAUUUCUGUUCUUUUGAAAACGGAGUUCUAAUUCUGAACUAUUAUUUUAAAUGUUUGGGAUUCAGGACCACUUACCGAGAGCGGUUGAUAUCAAGGACAAAUCGACUGGGAGUGGAAUGGACGCCGUUCGAUCUUGGGUCCGGACCGUAGGGGUGGUGGCCGCUAAUGUCGCGGCACAGAGCGGCGUGGCUCUGGCCAGAGCGCACUUCGAAAAACAGCCUCCGUCCAAUUUACGAAAGUCCAAUUUUUUCCACUUCGUUCUGGCACUUUAUGACCGACAGGGACAGCCAGUGGAGAUCGAGAGAACCACUUUCACAGACUUCGUGGAGAAAGACUUGGAGCCGGGAAACGACAAAACUAACAAUGGGACACAUUACAAGCUGCAGCUACUUUACAGUAAUGGUAUGCGGACGGAACAAGACCUGUACGUGCGACUCAUUGAUUCAGUGACCAAGCAGCCAAUUGUCUACGAGGGUCAAAAUAAAAACCCAGAAAUGUGCCGGGUACUUCUCACACAUGAAGUGAUGUGCAGCCGCUGCUGUGAAAAAAAGAGCUGUGGUAACAGAAAUGAAACUCCAUCAGAUCCCGUCAUCAUUGACAGAUUCUUCUUAAAGUUCUUCCUCAAGUGCAAUCAGAAUUGUUUGAAAACAGCCGGAAACCCACGAGACAUGCGCCGAUUCCAGGUUGUUUUAUCAACAACAAUUAACGUUGAUGGUCAUGUGCUGGCUGUGUCUGAUAACAUGUUUGUGCACAACAACUCCAAGCAUGGACGCAGAGCCCGUCGCCUUGACCCCACAGAAGCUACACCGUGCAUCAAAGCCAUUAGCCCAAGUGAAGGUUGGACCACUGGUGGUGCCAUGGUCAUCAUUAUCGGGGACAAUUUUUUCGAUGGAUUACAAGUUCUAUUUGGCACCAUGCUUGUUUGGAGUGAGCUCAUUACUCCCCACGCCAUUAGAGUACAGACUCCUCCUCGACACAUUCCAGGAGUGGUGGAGGUCACACUUUCCUACAAGUCAAAACAAUUCUGCAAAGGUGCACCUGGAAGAUUCAUUUAUACAGCACUGAAUGAGCCCACAAUAGAUUAUGGUUUCCAGAGAUUGCAGAAGGUCAUUCCUCGGCACCCCGGUGAUCCAGAAAGACUAGCAAAGGAGAUGUUACUGAAAAGAGCAGCGGAUCUUGUUGAGGCAUUAUACGGAGGACCACCAAAUAAUCAGGAAAUAAUUCUCAAGCGAGCAGCUGACAUUGCAGAAGCUCUGUACAGUGUGCCUCGGACCCCCAGCCAGCUUCCGACACUUUCUAAUACUCCCAGCCACAGCAGCAUGAUGCGAAUGAACUCCUAUGGUAGUCAACUGGGAGUCAGUAUCUCAGAGUCCACACAGGGCAACAGCCAAGGAUAUAUCCACAACAGCAGCAGCAUCUCUCCACGUGGGUAUGCACCCACCCACUCACCACAACAAUCAAACUACAACACAGUGGGCGGCAACAUCAAUGGAUAUAGCAAUGUGCCAAUGUCAAACCUUGGAGUACCCAGUUCUCCUGGAUUCCUAAACAGCUCUCCUGUCAGCUCACCCUAUGGCAUUAUGCCUUCCAGUCCGACUGUGGCCUCUGCUGUCCCUCUGUCCUCCAGCACAUCUGCCAUACUUCCCUUCUCAUCUUCUGUCUUCCCCGCAGUGAAACAGAAGAGCGCCUUUGCACCGGUGAUCCGACCCCAAGACUCCCCCUCCCCGGCCUGCUCUAAUGGGAAUGGAAAUGGAUUCCGAGCCAUGACUGGGCUCGUAGUUCCUCCGAUGUGAGACUGUUUACUUCUGUCACUAUAUCACAUUCCAGGGAGCAAAGUUCAUCCACUACAAAAAUACCAUCACCAGAAUCCACAGCUGUCAAAAAUAUUAGCAGGCGUUCCCUUGGAAGCCAGGAACAAAGCUGACUUUCUUCAUCGAAUGGACUGAGUGAAUUCCCCAUAGUGUUGUGGAAAACUCAGUUUCAUCUGCAUUCAAGGAAUCGCCUCAAACUUAUGGAAGUGAUGGACAAGGUGGUGGGUGGUGAGGGGGAGCAGUGAGAGAAGAGAGAGAUCUUUAAAAAAUGCUAUUUUCUAUUUUGGAUAACAGUUUACGUGGCAGUUCUUUUCUGUUAGAAAGUAAAUCUUUGGAUACAAGAACUGGCUGAUUAUCUAGAUACUUAAAUAAAUCAGAC